AUAAAUUCACCUAAAUAUCAUUUUCAAAUUAAAAACAAUUCAAAUUUUCUCCAUUGUGGCACAAUUAUCAAUCUAAAAAUUUGUUUAACAUCACACAUUUAGCUUUGCUCUAAGCGUUCGCCAUGAAUCGGACGGAACUCGAUUAUUACGCUGUACUGAAUGUGCCACGCGAUGCACCCAAAGAGGCUAUAACGCUGGCGUAUCGUAAAUUGGCUAUUAGGCUGUGCCCGCAUCGCGAUCCGAAGUAUGAACGCGAUUUUGUGCCAAAUUUGGGGCCAACCCAUAUGCAAACGCUGUCGCAGAAUCGCCAAUGGGAAUACAUUAAUAUGGCCUACGAUGUUCUAGGCAACGAUUUGUAUCGCGCAAUCUACGAUCGAUUUGGGGAGGCUGGUCUCUUUCAGGGCAUUUAUUUACCCAAUGGCUACUUCCCGCCUUAUCAAUACCAUGGCGACCACAUGAAAGUAUAUCACGAUGUCUUUGGCAGCUACUCGCCAUAUGCAAACAUCAUUGAUGUUGUUACAAAUCCGCCAGUGCUGUACUCGUCGUUGGAACAUGGCAUAGGGGUGUACAGAAAAGAUCCGCCAGUGGAGAGAAUUAUUUAUUUAGAAUUGGAGGAAGUAUUUACGGGCUGUACAAAAUUGAUGCAUGUCUGGAGACAAGAAUUUGCUGAUUCGAAAGAAACGCGCACAGAGAAAAAGAAGAAAACACUAAAACUGAAAAUAUCACCAGGUACCACUGCAGGCACACGAUUUUGUUUCAAGGAGGAAGGUGACCGCAGCCCAACAAAAAUCCCUGCCGAUAUUAUAUUUAUCACAGCCGAUAAGCCGCAUCCACUCUUCGAGCGUAGUCAGCACCACAAUUUGGUCUACACCCAUGAUAUUACUUUAAAAGAGGCACUUGUCGGUUUUACCUUUACAAUCACUACGCUGGGCAAACGCGCUCUAAAAAUAAUUAUUUCCGAUGUGGUUUGCCCGGGCUAUACGAAAGUGGUGCCAAAAGAAGGACUACCAGUGUGUAAAGAAGAACCAAUCGCUCCCGACAUGAAACCAUCUGGUCUAAAGGAAGUUACAUUUGGAGACUUGAUUGUCAAAUUUCAGGUUGAGUUCCCAAAAUUAAUGAAUUACAAGAUGCGCAAUUUGACCAAAGAAUUUUUUUGCGAAUUGCAAAAAAUGCAAGACGAAGCUGAGAAUGCGCCGCAUCCCUUGCAGAAUCUUUUGAAAAACAUUAAACGACGCAAAUAAUGGAGCCAGCAACAAGAAAAACAACAACAAAUACAUGCUUAAUCAAAUUUUUUAAAUUUGUAUUUUUUUAUUAUUUCAUUCAAAUUCAACGUAUAAUCGUAAAAGACUGUUACGCUUGAAUGGCCUGCAAUUAAAUUUUUUUUUUGCAAUACAUAUAUGACAUUUGCACAUAAAUAUGUGUUUUGUAUGCCUGCAUAUACAUAUAUAUUUUGUUGUAUUUAUUAUUAUGUUUUUUUUUUCGAAUAUGCAUUAAUUAAAUUCAAUUUGUGUGUAAUUUGACUUGAAUGUUUAGUUAAAAAAAUUGUGAAUGUUUUACAUGUAGGCGUGUAUUUAAAUACAUACAAGUAUGUAUAUGUAUGUGUAUGUGUGAACGUACGUUUGAUAAAAAUCCGCAUGAUUGGUCAAAAAUAUAUGCUUUAGAAAUUUUCAUAAUCGAACUAUUGUGUCGCUAUGUAUGUAUGUAUGUAUUUAUGUGUGUGAAGUUGUGCUUGUAUUGGCGCUGUUUUGUGAAACCUGAAUAU